UUUGUUGUCUGUACAUCGGCGCCCUCUGAUCUGGGGUGCGCGCCCCAGCUUGGGACACGGGGAGCUCAUUCUCGGACUUCAGGCUGGAGGCACCUUAAGGCCGCCCCCUGGCUUUGCAAACUGGCUCCAGAGAUGCUAAGUGACUUGCUAAUGGUGCCCCAGCCAGUUAACGGCUCGGAGCUGCAUUUUUCAUUCGAGAAAACUGAAACCCAGAUUAAGAUCUUUGAAUGCUACUUAGCAGAAGGAGAACUUCUGUUUAUAACUAGAGCUUGGGAAUUCGCUGCAGGGUUUCUCGAUUCUCUGGGAAAGAAAAAUAGUCCCAGAAGCAUCCUGAGGACAGCUCAGAGAAGGUCCUAGCGAAAGAGUACCUUUCUUGCUUUUUGAAUCCCUUCAGGAAAAAGUGUUCGGAAAGUUCUGUGCCAAGAAGUUCCUCCCUAUGUCCUUGCUGUUUAGGUUUUUGAUAAUCCUUAUUGUGGAGGCCAUGCCUAAACUAAGAAGAUGCAAUACUCUCCAUAGACCUAAUGAAAUGAGGUAAUGCACAAGAGAGAGCCUCCCACAAUGCCUGGCACAUACAGCCACCUGGCAUGGAGAGAAUCUGUGCUUCUGGGAGAGGAAGAGUGCAGUGAUUUUCAGACUUUGCAUUGGAACUCAGUGCUGCCCAGUCAUAGCACAAAGCAACACUGGGAAGAACUCACCCAGGUCCCAUGGAGGGAUCAUUUAGACCAGCCCUAGCUAGAGGCAAAUCAUCCAUCCCAGCAGUGGGAACCUGAGUUCCAGUAAGCCUCCCCACCAUGGGCUGAAGUGCUCUGAGGUUCUACAUAAACUUGAAAGGCAAUCUAGACCACAAGGAUGGCAAUUCCUGGGUUUACCUUCCAGAGGCUGGCAAUGCUGUUUCACUGGAGGACACAGCUAAGAAGGAAGUUCACCAGCCUGCCAAGAUGAAAUGGCUUGAAGGUAAGACCUGUGGCCCUUUGGCUCCUGAGGAGGAGCUGGUGUCUGCCUGCCAAUUGGAAAAAGAAGAAGAGAAUGAAGGGGAGGAGGAGGACGAGGUGGAUCUGGACCCAGACCUGGAGGAGGAAGAGGAGGAAGAGAAUGAUCUUGGGGAUCCAGCUGUACUUGGUGCUGUCCACAACACCCAGGUGGUGGCCCUGCUACUAGCGUUAAACAGAGCUCUGCUUAGAUCCCCUGGAGUCAAGGCCCCUGGUGUGCUGGGAAUGUCACUUGCCUCCUUGCAUUUUCUGUGGCAGACCUUGGACUACCUGUCGCCCAUCCCUUUCUGGCCUACAUUUCCCAGCACCAGCUCUCCAGCACGGCACUUUGGACCUCGGCUGCCCACACAAGACCCAACUCUCUUCUGCAGCCUGCUGACCUCGUGGCCCCCUAGGUUCAGUCAUCUGACCCAGCUCCACCCUCAGCACCAACGAAUCUUGCAGCAGCAGCAGCAUAGUCAAACACCAAGUCCCCCAGCCAAGAAGCCUUGGUCUCAGCAGCCAGACCCCUAUGCUAACCUCAUGACCAGAAAAGAGAAGGACUGGGUGAUAAAAGUGCAGAUGGUGCAGCUGCAGAGUGCAAACCCCUGCCUGAAUGACUACUACUACCAGGAAUAUUACCAGAAGCUAGAAAAGAAGCAAGCAGACGAAGAGCUACUUGGACGAAGAAACCGGGUUGAGUCCCUCAAGCUGGUAACGCCUUACGUUCAGAAAGCAGAGGCUUAUGAGUCUGUGGUCCGGAUCAAGGGUUCCCUGGGCCAGGUAGCUGUGUCGACAUGCUUCAGCCCUCGCCGAGCUAUUGAUGCUGUACCCCAUGGAACUCAAGAGCAGGAUAUAGAAGCUGCAAGCAGUCAGAGGCUUCGGGUAUUAUACCGGAUUGAGAAGAUGUUCCUUCAGUUACUAGAAAUAGAGGAGGGCUGGAAGUAUAGGCCUCCACAGCCCUGCUUUUCUGAGCAGCAAAGCAACCAGGUUGAGAAGCUCUUCCAGACCUUAAAGACCCAGGAGCAGAACAACCUGGAAGAGGCAGCAGAUGGCUUCCUGCAGGUGCUCUCUGUGAGGAAGGGGAAGGCCCUGGUGGCCCGGCUGCUCCCCUUCCUGCCCCAGGAUCAGGCUGUUACCAUUCUUUUGGCUAUCACCCACCAUCUGCCCCUCCUGGUCCGGAGGGAUGUGGCUGAUCAGGCCCUACAAAUGUUACUCAAACCUCUGGGCAAAUGUAUCAGUCACUUGACCCUCCACGAACUCCUCCAAGGACUUCAGGGAUUAAUGCUGUUGCCACCUGGCUCCUCAGAGCGGCCAGUCACUGUGGUGCUUCAGAAUCAGGACAGACAUGGUGGUUCUGAUUGCCUGGGAGAUAGCCCAAAUGCCUACAGCCUCUCUGGCAGAACCCCUAGUUUUCCCCAGCAACCUACUUCCCCUGUUCUGUCACCACGUAGACAAACAAUUGGUUCAGCAGCUGGAGGCCAGGAUGGAGUUUGCCUGGAUCUACUGAUCUGUUUGUUCUGGAAUACAUGUAUGUGGGAAGUUGAAUCAUCAGACAUUAGCUAUAUAGACUAUGUUUACAGGGAUCCAGAGAGUCUGAAGACAUUUCUUAUGCCUUUAUAUAUUGGAGAACCCUUCCCCAUUUUCAUAUCCUUUCUUCAAAAAUCUACAUGAUGUGCCUAAAAAUAAGACACGGCUUAAUAAGGUACAAUUAAAGAGAUAAUAGAAUGA